GAAGUUGGAGCAGUGAAUUUACAGUCCGUCAUUAGUUCUUCUGUGUGAAAAAUUCCUGAAGUAUCUUUUGUUUGUGUCCUUGGACAGUCAGUUAGUCGCUGUCUGGCGCGAUAAGAAGAAAAUAAAGCCUUCGACACAGGUAAAAUAAAGAAUGAGACUAAUAAGACUUUGACGGCUCCUGUCGACACACUUCCACUAGUUUGGUGAAUUGGAAGGAGGUGGGAGCGAAGAAGAAAGGACGGGAAGGAGGAGGACGAUGACUUGGAGGAGCUGAGGGAAGAGCGGAGCCAACUAUGUGGAAAAACUUCCAGCGACUUGUCUGGCCGCCAUUCGAGCAGUAGAAUUGGUUUUAUAUUGCGGAAAAAAGCUGUGCAGAUGGAGGGUGAGAAGGAGAAACAGAGGCAGCAGCGGGAAGAGAAGGAGAGUAAUGAGGCAGAGGAUGACAGGAGGAGUGACGACGAUGCUGACAAUGAAGAGGGAGACGAUGAAUAUUCUGAGGGGGCGGCACUAGUGUGGCAAGAAGACUAUGGCGAGGAUAAUCUGGGACUUCCCAUCAUGCACUGGGAAGCGCUGAGCCUGCGCAUCGCUGAGUUGGAAAAGCAAGAAGAGGAGAAGAGGGAAAAGAAGGCAAAGAGUGGAGUUUCUCUUGAGCGAGGCAGAGCCCCAGUGAGCUGGACAGAGGGGAGAGGGAGGAGAGCAGAAAGCUGGGAGAAUGGAGAUGACACCUGCAACAGUGCUGUGCUUGCACUCACCUCUCGCCUGCAGACGCAGAUGAAUCUCCAACUCUGCUUCAUCAACAACAGUGAAAGUGAGGAGGAGGAGGAAAACAAUGGACAGAUCAGCGGGAAAAGGACUGUUCAGGUUCAUAAGAAUCCUCAGCCUCUUGCCAAGCCGGAGAAACCAAAAUCAAGGGGCUUCAGGAACACUCUAAGAAACCUACGAGACCGACUGAGAACAGACCACAAAACACUGCCUGCAGCACAUACUGAUCCUGUAGUCCAGCAGAGACACUUGGAGCUCAGUGAUUUACAGAGUUUCAGUAUCAAGGACCUCAAUGCUCUGUGCACGUCUCUCAGCAAGACCAUACAAGACUUGAGCUCAGAACUGGUGAGCCGCCUCCAGAUCCGAGACCAGCUGAGGACAGAGCAGGAUGCCAUGCUGCUGGAGGUGCAGGAUCUGACAUCACUAUAAACCUGCCAGUCACUCCCUGCUAAAGAUCAGCUGUCCAUCCGUUUGGAGAGAUUAAGUCAUUCAAUAAGUCAGCUCAACAGUCUUGAAGGAUUGUUCGUAAUCAGACAGUACCACAGCGGCUUCCUCAAGCAUCUCAGUCAGUCCCUCCUGCUGCAGCCGCUCACUGUGAAAAGUGUCACUUCCUGAGAGGAUUUGGACAUUUAAUUGCAUACCAUGUUUUGGCAUUGUCGGUGUUUUAGAUUGUAAAGGAAAUUUUGCUCCCCUAACCCUAAUGGCCAAUUCAUGGUUCCCGCCUCUGUGCGCCUACAGACUUUGAUACAUGGCCGGUUUCAUCACAGAUGGAACACAGAUAAACACACAGGGAAACAGCAGCUUCUUCCAGAUUGGGUUGGAGCACCGUGUCAGUGAUUAGUCCUGAGGUGUGUGUGAACAUGGCAUAGCAUUUCUGGAGAAAUGGAGACUUUACACUGUGUUUGGCUCCAUCAAACUAUCAUCCACGAAGUCCAGCUGUGACUGCUUUAAACGUAAAUCUUUUAAUGAUGAAUUAUAGAUGUGUGGAUGACUGAGUGUCUCCUUGUACAGUCUCUCCUGAUACCAAACAUUUGUUUGAAGCACCAUUUGUUUUCCUGGCACAUGAACACACAAAAAAUUUGGGCUGCAUGGGUACAGUCUUUGCAGACCCUCAUGGACUUGGGUGGAUGCAAACAUUUACAUCAUGUGUACCUUUGCGGACAUGGAAAACAUGAAAUGGGAGCCAUAUAGUACAGUGAACAUAUCCAGUGGAUGGUGGCCUUAAUUGACUUUUUUUUUCGGUAAAUAUCUCCUCUUGCCAUCCUACCCAAUCAGAUUAGAUGAUCAAUACCUGCUAGAUAUCUACUUUGUCCACAGCACCUACAGGUUUGGGUCCUGUUAAAACCAGCUUGAUGCCAAGAUUAGAAGCAAAGGGAAAAACUUAUUUUGAAACACUAUUGAUUGUGUUAAUAUAGUUUAUAUUGGAGCAACACACAAAAAGUUCAAGUUGAAAGUGUCUACUUGUACACCGUGCUCUGUUUAUCUUUUCUUUUUUCGCUUUUUAAGUACCUGGUCAGAGGUGGAGUUUUUAAGCUUCCACAGGAUGAUGCUUUUCAUGCAAGAUUGUUUCGAUUUCAGCCAGUCUUGUACUGGUGAGGAGAGGAUGGUUGAGUUCAAAGGGAUGUUUUACGCUUGUUUACACAGUCACCCCAUCUUGAUGUAUACUGUAUGGGUAAAAAGACUUUCUGUCUCUCACCUUUAGUUGCAGGUUUUGUAGUUACAUUAACCUCAGGCUGUGCUCAGCAGGAGCUGCAUCAUUCAGUACACGAUGUGGACAAGAAAUGUGGAGACGGUCGUCCUCAAACAGACUGAAUAUUUUUUUCUGACGGAACAAUUCUGCAGGUGGUUUUAACUACCUGCUUGUUUUCACACAAACGUCAUGCAAGUUAAGACAUGUUACUGCGGGUUUGAUAGAAAACUGACAUUGUCAUUUUUGUAACAUCAAAGUGUUUCUGAAAUCGUCAGUCCAGUGCUGAUGAGGGCCCUGACCACUGUUUACGUUGUGGGCACGUGCAGGUCCCUAUCUUGCUUUCUGUCACACAAAUUAGCAGAUGGCAUAUUUGCCUCAAAAUGAAUGCAUAAAGCAGAUCUGGACAUGAUAGAUUUUUUUUUUUUUUUUUUUUUUUUUUAUUAAAUAAAUUUGACAGUAUUUACCAGCAGUUUUUAUUCCUCCAUGUAUCCUUUUCAAAUGUUGUUUAAAUGUUGUAGUUGCACAAUUUAUCAUACAACUUAGGUGGACCACUUUCCAGUUCCAACAGAAAUAGCAAGACAAUUAUUAGUUUUGUAAAAACAAGUGAAACAACAAUCCUAAGAACUCUUCUGAUGUGUAAAGGGAGGGUUCUCUUUUGUAUACUUUAUAGCAUAUUUUAGGUUUGGAAUCUUGUGUCAUUUUUUUAAACAGUGAUGUAAAACAGACUUACACUCAGAAGCUGCAAAUUCUGCCAACUGAACAAUCUGUCUUUGUAGUAAAUGUAGUUCUGUUUUUUGGUUUUGCAGGAAAUCUUUUUUUAUUCUUGCUUUUCUACUUCGUGGUGGGGUUAGUAAAGAAUCAAAUGUGUUUAAAUGUUUAAAAAAAAAAAAAAAAAACUGCCACAAAUAAAACAUGUUUUUAAAAUUUCAA